AUGGGGAUCCCCCCAACGACGCCCAAAGCGGGCCAAACCGGGGCCCUCAUAAUACAGGUGCCAGGCCUCGAAGGGCAAAGAAAAGCGGACAUGCUGGCGCAAAAGAUGCGCAGCAUGUUCGCUGAAAGACCCGAGAUACGGAUCAAUCGCCCACAAAAAAUGGGCAAGAUCCGUAUCCGGGAUUUAGCGCCGGCCACCACGGCGGAGAGCAUCGCUCAGGCCGUGGCGGAGAGGGGAGAAUGCUCCCCCACCGAGGUCAAGGUGGGGGACAUUAAACCCUCCCCCACCCCAAGAAGCCUUUACACGGCCUGGGCGAAGUGCCUCCUCAGGGCGGCCAAUAAGGUCGCCCAGGAGGGGCAUAUAAUCAUCGAGGGGUUCUUCGGAGCCCGGGUUGAACUCCUGGAGGCGCGCCCCCUCCAAUGCUACAAAUGCAUGGAGAGGGGACACGUAAGGGCAACAUGCCCUAAUAAGGACGUGGACCGCAGCAGUAUAUGCUACCGCUGCGGUGAAAAGGGACACGAGGCCCGCGAGUGCACGGCGCAGGCUAAAUGCGCUGUGUGCCAGGACGCGAGUCCGGCCUCCCAUCGAAUGGGGGGCCGGCGUCUGCCGCCGAAACAGCAGCAGGUACGAGUGGCCUGGAGGAGGGACAGGUUCCUAGGAACAAAUAAUGUCCACAAAACUCCUCCAAGCCAACCUGAAUCACGCCCGCCGGGCCCAGGACCUGUUCCUAAAGGACCUGAGCGGGCGUGA